AUAAAGGAGCGAUUAGUGAACUGUGGUAUAUCAGAGACCCCCACCUGCUCUGUGUACUGUAACCCGACCAUCAUGCGUGAAAUUGUACAUCUGCAAAUUGGACAAUGCGGCAACCAGAUCGGCUCAAAGUUCUGGGAAGUGAUCAGUGCAGAACAUGGGAUCAAUGCAACAGGCAAUUAUGAGGGAGACUGCAACCUGCAACUGGAGAGAGUCAAUGUCUACUUCAAUGAAGCACAUGGUGGUAAAUAUGUACCUAGGGCCCUGCUUGUUGAUCUGGAGCCUGGCACCAUGGACAGUAUAAGAGGGAGUCGCAUCGGGCCCCUUUUUAGACCAGACAACUUCAUUCAUGGGAACUCCGGAGCUGGGAAUAACUGGGCAAAAGGCCACUACACAGAGGGAGCAGAGCUGGUGGAGCAGGUGAUUGACAGAGUGAGGAAUGAGAGUGAAAGCUGUGACUGCCUCCAGGGCUUCCAGCUGGUCCAUUCUUUGGGGGGUGGCACCGGCUCCGGCAUGGGAACCCUGAUCAUCAACAAGAUCCGAGAGGAGUACCCUGACCGCAUCAUGAACAGUUUUAGCGUCAUGCCCUCCCCAAAAGUCUCUGACACAGUGGUAGAGCCGUAUAACGCAACUCUGUCAGUCCACCAGCUCCUAGAGAACACAGACGAGACCUUCUGCAUCGACAACGAAGCCCUUUACGACAUCUGCUUCCGCACGCUCAAACUGACCACACCAACGUACGGAGACCUCAACCACUUAGUGUCUAUGACCAUGAGCGGGGUCACGACCUCCCUGAGGUUCCCCGGACAGCUGAAUGCAGACCUGCGGAAGCUGGCAGUCAAUAUGGUGCCUUUUCCUCGCCUCCAUUUCUUCAUGCCAGGCUUUGCCCCUCUUACCCCACGUGGCAGCCAACAGUACCGAGCCCUAUCAGUGCCUGAGCUCACCCAGCAGAUGUUUGAUGCACGCAACAUGAUGACAGCAUGCGACCCGCGACGUGGGCGCUACCUGACAGUCGCUGGUGUUUUCCGUGGCAGGAUGUCCACCAAAGAAGUAGAUGAACAGAUGCUUGCAAUCCAACAGAAAAACAGUAACUACUUUGUGGACUGGAUCCCCCAUAAUGUCAAGGUGGCAGUGUGUGACAUCCCACCCCGAGGUCUGAAAAUGGCCUCUACGUUCAUUGGCAAUAACACUGCGAUUCAAGAGGUAUUCCGUCGCGUUGGCGAGCAGUUCUCCUUGAUGUUCAGACGCAAGGCUUUUCUCCACUGGUAUACUGGGGAGGGUAUGGAUGAAAUGGAGUUCACUGAGGCAGAGAGCAACCUAAAUGACCUGGUGUCCGAGUACCAGCAAUACCAAGACGCCACUGCUGACAUGGAUGUAGAGGAUGAAGACGAAGAGGAAGAGGAGGGACCAUCUUCAGUAGCAACAACGAAUAUACAGUCUCGGAUGGAAGUUAGAUUGGAAACAGUGACAGAAACAAUCAAAGAAACUGUAGAUGAAUAGAGGAUAGAAUCGUAUGGUGUAUCAUGUAGAUCUGACGCAGUAGAAAAAAAACAUCUGAUUGUCUAAAAUUUUCUAAAAUGGAACUCUUAUAUCAUAGUUUAAGUACUGCAGAUAAAAGGUUUUACUUUUAGAGCUUAUUCUUUUGUUUUAUAUUCUAACACUGUUUUAAGCUUAUAGUUUUUCCCGUCAUACCUAACAUUUUGCAAGCAAUUUUUGUGUAUAUACAUUUUAUAAGUUAAUGUAAUGCUAUAGUAUAAUAUGUAUUGAAAUAUCUAAAAAUAAUUCUGUGAUAUAUUUUUUGACAAUAUAUUUAAUUUUUCUGCCAAUAUUCAAAUACUGAGUAUGUUUUUUGGUCCCCUGUCAGUGGAGUCAUAUCACCUUUGAUGAUGUUUAUGUCAAAGUUACUUAUCAUUCAUUCAUUCAUUGGUAUGAAAUAAUGUUGACAUCACUAAUAUUAUGUGAAUAGAUUUCAAUAAAUUAAAUUUCAAAACA